CAAGAUAGUGAUAUAUGUUCUAUAAAAGGCAGCAGGCUGGAGUAGUAAAACUGCAUAAACUCCAUCGUUUUAGAGAAAUCAAACCCUAAAAGAUCUUCUCUUACACAACAAUGCAGGUGGCAACUUCUCUUAGUUAUCAAGAAACGAUGCUAAAAAAUUAUGUGCCGAUCUUCGUGAUGCUCCCUUUGGGAUUUGUUACGGUUGACAAUGUUUUGGAAGACAGAGACAAACUCGUGAAGGAUCUGAAGGAGCUAUGAGCGGCAGGUGUUGAUAGGGUUAUGAUAGAUGUGUGGUGGGGGAUCAUAGAAUCCAAAGGGCCUAAGCAGUAUGAUUGGAGUGCUUAUAGGAGCGUGUUUCAAUCAGUUCAAGAAUGUAGGAGAUGUUGUAACAAUCCCCAUUUCCAAAUGGGUACUUGAGAUCGGAGAAUCAGACCCCGAUAUCUUUUAUACCAAUCUCAAAGGUAACAGGAACCCGGAAUACCUCACUCUAGGUGUGGAUAACCUGCGUCUCUUUGACGGACGAACUGCUGUGGAGAUAUACAGCGAUUACAUGAAAAGCUUCAGAGAGAACAUGUCGGAUUUUCUAGAAACCGGACUUAUUAUAGACAUUGAAGUAGGGCUUGGCCCUGCAGGAGAGCUCAGGUACCCCUCUUAUCCGGAAAGUCAAGGAUGGGCUUUUCCAGGGAUUGGAGAAUUUCAGUGCUAUGACAAGUAUCUCCAAGCAGAGUUUAAGGAGGCUGCAACGGUUGCAGGUCAUCCUGAAUGGGCAUUGCCAGUUAACGCCGGAGAAUACAAUGAUACUCCUGAAUCCUCAGGGUUCUUCAGAUCAAACGGGACGUACGUUACUGAGAAAGGGAAGUUCUUCUUGACUUGGUACUCUAAUAAAUUACUGAUCCAUGGUGAUCAGAUCCUGGAUGAAGCCAACAAAGUUUUUGAGGGCUGUAAAUUAAAGCUAGCUGCCAAAGUAUCUGGAAUUCACUGGUGGUAUGAAGUUGAUAAUCAUGCCGCGGAGCUUACUGCAGGAUACUACAACGUGAAAGAUAGAGAUGGGUACCGACCUAUAGCAAGGAUGCUGUCAAGGCAUCAUGCAAUUUUGAAUUUCACAUGUUUAGAGAUGAGGAACUCUGAACAAAGUGCUGACGCCAAAAGUGCGCCUCAGGAACUUGUUCAGCAGGUUUUAAGUGGAGGUUGGAGAGAAAACAUAGAAGUUGCCGGAGAAAAUGCACUUUCUAGAUACGACAGUGUGGCUUAUGACCAAAUCCUUCUAAAUGCUAGACCAAAUGGCAUCAAUAAAGACGGCCAACCAAAAUUAAGGAUGUACGGGGUGACAUUCCUUCGUUUGUCUGAUGAACUACUACAAAAGACGAAUCUUGAUACAUUCAAGAUAUUUGUAAAAAAGAUGCAUGCUGAUCAGGAUUACUGUUCAGACCCAGAGAAGUACAAUCACCACCUAGGUCCUCUGAAACAGUCGAAACCAGAGAUUUCGAUUGAAGAUCUUCUGGAAGCAACCAAAGCAUUGGAGCCAUUCCCAUGGGAUAAAGAAACAGAUAUGAGUGUCAGUGGUGGAGCUGGUGGACUUGGUGGGCUACUCUCUAAUUUGAUAAGAAAAAUCUUCUCUCUAGUUAAGCGAUACAACUGCCAAGCUGGGAGUGAAGCAACCAAUAAAUUGGCAUAGGGUGGCAAUGUCAAAACAAUUUGAGAUGUCUGCUGUUUAAAUAAAAGAAUCUGUAUUUUCCAUGGAAUGAAUGUACAGAUAAUCUUAUGACAGUAUCAUUCACCAAUAAUCCCCACAAGAGCAAA